AUGGUUUGUACUGCCAAUGAUAUACAACAAUGGAAGGAUUUUCCCAAAGGACUCAAGGUUCUUCUCCUUCAGGAAGACACUACUUGUGCUUCUGAGAUAAGAACAAAGCUUGAGGCCAUGGACUAUAUUGUUUCGAUAUUCUGCGACGUGAAUGAAGCCCUGUCAGCAAUCUCAAAUAAACCUGAAGGCUUCCAUAUAGCCAUUGUAGAGGUGAGUUCACACAGUUGCGAGGGAGGUUUCAAAUUUCUUGAGAAUGCAAAGGACUUGCCAACCAUUAUGACUUCAAACAACGAUUGUCUGAACACCAUGAUGAAGUGCAUAGCGCUUGGGGCAGUGGAGUUCCUCAGCAAACCACUCUCUGAGGACAAGCUCAGAAAUAUCUGGCAGCAUGUGGUCCACAAGGCGUUCAAUGCUGGGGUAAGUGUCCUGUCGGAAUCACUGAAGCCUGUCAAGGAAUCUGUAGUCUCCAUUUUGCAGCUCCAAACAGACAACGAGCAACACGAAAGUAGAGCCUCGGUUGAGUUAGAAAAAGAAUCUCGGUUUUCUGACAAUGACCCCGAGCAUUAUCCAGCUCCUUCAACCCCACAAUUGAAACAGGUGGAAAGAUUACUAGACGACGGGGAUUGCCAGGAGCAGACUAACUGCUCCACAGAAAAAGAAAGUGGAGAGCAUGAUGGAGAAUCUAAAUUUGUCGAAACUACUUGUGAAAAUUUGAAUGCUGAGAGUAUUCGCCAAGAGCAGACUAAUUGCUCCACUGAAAAAGAAAGUGGAGAGCGUGAUGGAGAAUCUAAUUCUGUUGAAACUACUGUUGAAAAUUUGAAUUUUGAGAGUACUCGCCAAGAGCAAAUUAAUUGCUCCACAGAAAAAGAAAGUGUAGAGCAUGAUGAAGAAUCUAAAUCUGUCGAAAAUAUAUGUGAAAAAUUGAUUGCUGAAAGCACUCCUCAACAAAAGAAAUCUGAAUUUACUUUGGUUCAAAAGGAAGAGGAGGAUUUUAUGGACACUUCUAAGUGUGAGAGUGUUGUUUCUCCACAUCCACAAAAUGUGAAGGCUCUCACCAAUAGUGAAAGUAAUACUACAUCUGCAAAUAAAGCAGGCGUUCGUAAUAAUAAAUGUGAAAUAAAAGCUAAUAGGAAGAAGAUGAAAGUAGACUGGACACGAGAGCUGCACAAAAAGUUUGUGAAGGCAGUCGAACAACUAGGCAUUGAUCACGCUAUUCCUUCUCGUAUAUUGGAUUUAAUGAAGGUGGAGGGCUUGACAAGACAUAAUGUGGCAAGCCAUCUGCAGAAAUAUAGAAUGCAUAAGAGACAUAUCUUGCCGAAGCAAGAAGACCGGAAAUGGCUAAAUCAAAGAGAUCCAAUGCAAAGGAGUUAUUGUCUUCAAAGGCCAAUUAUGCCUGGUCCUCCGGCUUAUUAUUCUAACCAUACCCUUCCUCCAGCUCCUUUAUAUCCGAUGUGGGGACAAACUGGAAGUCAAAUGGCCGGCAUGCCUAGUUGGGGCCCUUCUGGUUAUCCCCUGUGGCAGCCUACAGAAACUUGGCACUGGCAACCAUUUCCAGGGAUGCAUUCAGAUGCUUGGGGCUGCCCUGUGUUACCACCGCCACCUCAAGCUCAAUGUUUUUCCUACACUCAACAGAAUAUACCUUCCUUGAGCAAUGAUAAUGCAAUGGAUUACACAAUUGGCACGCUCUACAGUUCCUUAGACAAUUAUCCGGAAGAGGAGAUUAUUGACAAGGUUGUGAUGGAGGCAAUGAGUAAGCCAUGGCUACCUUUGCCAAUAGGCCUCAAACCGCCUUCCACAGAUAGUGUGUUGACUGAGCUUUCAAGGCAAGGCAUUUCCAACAUUCCUCCAAACAAUAAUAGUUUUAUUCCCAUUUGA